AUGCCCCCUAUCCUCAUGGCCCUGCUCUGCCUCGGGCUGAGCGUGGGCCUGAGGACCCCAGUGCAGACAGGAUUCUCCUACUACAAACCCAGCCUCUUCGCCUUGCCCAGCCCUGCCGUGACCUCAGGAGGGAAUGUGACCCUCCAGUGUGGCUCAUGGGAGGGAUUUGACAGGUUCAUUCUGACUAGGGAAGGAGAAAACAGGCUCUCCUGGACCCUGGACUCACGACGACACCUGAAUUUGAACUUUCAGGUCCAGUUUCCUGUGGGCCCUGUGACUCCCAGCCACAGGUGGACAUUCAGAUGUUAUGGCUGUUACAGGCAAAUCCCCCAGGUGUGGUCACAGCCCAGUGAACCCUUGGAGCUCCUGGUGUCAGACUCCCACCCCCAAGACUACACAGUGGGGAAUCUCAUCCGCAUGGGUGUGGCUCUGCUGGUCUUGGUGGUCCUCGGGGUGCUGCUGUUUCAGGCUCAAGACAGCGAGAGAAUGGCCCAGGCUGGCUCCAGGACCUGA